AUGAUUCGUUUAACAUACUCAUUACUUAUACUCGCUUUUGCUGUUACUGUUUAUUCAACAGAUUAUUUUGUUGAAAAAUUUGAAGAUGAAAGUUAUAAAAAUCGAUGGGUACAAUCAACAGCAAAAUCUGAUUUAGGUGAAUUUAAAUUAUCUCAUGGUAAAUUUUAUGGUGAUGCUAAAAAAGAUCUUGGUCUUCAAACAUCACAAGAUGCUCGUUUUUAUGCUACUUCGGCUAAAUUUGAUUCAUUUUCAAAUGAAGGAAAAACUCUUGUUAUUCAAUUUACUGUAAAACAUGAACAAAAAAUUGAUUGUGGUGGUGGUUAUGUUAAAGUUUAUCCAUCAGAUACAAAUCAAAAAGAUCUUACCGGUGAUUCACCAUAUAAUAUUAUGUUUGGUCCCGAUAUUUGUGGUCAUGAUAAAAAGAAAGUUCAUGUUAUUUUUACAUAUAAAGGCAAAAAUUUAUUAAUUAAAAAAGAUAUUAAAUGUAAAGAUGAUGAAUUUACACAUCUCUAUACAUUAAUUCUUAAUCCUGAUAAUACAUAUGAAGUUCGUAUUGAUGGUGAAAAAGUUGAAAGUGGAAAACUUGAAGAAGAUUGGGAUUUUACUGUACCAAAACGAAUUCCUGAUCCAAAUGCUAAAAAACCAGAAGAUUGGGUUGAUCAAGAAAAAAUUGAUGAUCCAACUGAUACAAAACCAGACGAUUGGGAUAAAGCUGAACAUAUUCCUGAUCCAGAUGCUAAAAAACCUGAAGAUUGGGAUGAUGAAAUUGAUGGAACAUGGGAACCACCAAUGAUUGAUAAUCCUGAAUAUAAAGGUGUAUGGAAAGCUCGUCAAAUUGAUAAUCCAGCUUAUAAAGGACCAUGGAUUCAUCCUGAAAUUGAUAAUCCUGAUUAUGUUGAAGAUACAAAUCUUUAUUUAUAUAAAGAUAUUUCAAUGAUUGGUUUUGAUUUAUGGCAAGUUAAAUCAGGUACUAUCUUUGAUAAUAUUAUUAUCACAGAUAGUGUUAAACGAGCUGAAGAUUUUGGUAAUGAAACAUGGGGUAAAACAAAAGAUGCUGAAAAAAAAAUGAAAGACUCACAAGAUGAAGCUGAAAGAAAGAAAGAAGAAGAAGAACGAAAGAAACGUGAAGCUGAAGAAAAAACUAAAAAACCAAGCGAUGAUGAUGAGGAUACGGAUACCGAUCAUGGUAAAUCAACUCAUGUACAUGAUGAUGAAUUAUAA